AGAUUCAAAUUUUAUGCAACAUUUUGUCUUAUCUUUUUUCAUUUUCACUCCGAUGGUAGUAAAAUAUUGGGCUCAAUUCAUUUUGAGUUUGAAUCAUGACAAAGAAGUCGUUUCGAAAAAAUCGUAUUUCCGAAAAAUUGAAAGUAGUGUGCGGCUGCUAUCCAAAACAUGAAAUUGAGCCCAAUACCAGCUAUCAACCCAAAAAGAUGGCCGCUGCUCUGAAACCAAGUGCUCCGGAGAUCCGCAAAGCUGCACAAGAGUUCAUCAACUAUCUGAAUAAAGCAGUUACUCCAUUUCAUGCCACCCAAGAAGUGAAGGAUCGCCUUCUACAAGCCGGUUUCACAGAGCUUCCAGAAUCGGGUCACUGGGACAUUCAGCCAACCAGCAAAUACUUUGUCACCAAGAACCGCUCUGCAAUUCUUGCAUUCGCUGUUGGAGGAUCUUACAAGCCAGGGAGUGGAUUCUCGAUUGUUGUGGGACACACUGACAGUCCAUGCCUCCGUGUCAAACCAAUUUCCCACCAAAAGUCUGAUAAAUUCCUUCAAGUUGGUGUAUCAACUUACGGAGGUGGAAUCUGGAGAACCUGGUUUGACCGUGACUUGUCGGUGGCUGGAUUGGUUAUUGUCAAGAAUGGAGAGAAACUUCAACACAAGCUGAUCGACGUGAAAAAGCCAGUUCUUUUCAUUCCAAAUUUGGCGAUUCAUUUGGAGACCGACAGAACAACAUUCAAACCAAACACGGAAACUGAGCUCCGCCCGAUUCUGGAAACCUUCGCUGCUGCUGGAAUCAAUGCACCACAGAAACCCGAGUCUACUGGUUUUGCCGAUCCACGAAACAUUACCAACAAUCAUCAUCCCCAAUUCCUCGGAUUAAUCGCGAAGGAAGCUGGAUGUCAGCCAGAAGACAUCGUUGAUUUGGAUCUCUACCUUUACGAUACAAACAAGGCUGCGAUUGUUGGAAUGGAGGAUGAAUUCAUUUCUGGAGCUCGUCUUGAUAACCAAGUUGGAACAUACACUGCGAUAAGUGGACUUCUCGAGUCUCUAACUGGAGAGUCAUUCAAGAAUGACCCACAAAUUCGUAUUGCCGCAUGCUUCGAUAACGAGGAAGUAGGAUCGGAUUCCGCGAUGGGAGCAUCUUCUUCUUUCACGGAGUUCGUUCUCCGCCGUCUUUCUGCUGGAGGCUCAACAACCGCUUUCGAAGAAGCAAUCGGAAAGAGCAUGCUCAUCUCUGCAGAUCAAGCUCAUGCCACGCAUCCAAACUAUUCGGCAAAACACGAAGAGAACCAUCGUCCAGCAUUCCAUGGUGGAGUCGUCGUCAAAGUAAACGUCAAUCAACGAUAUGCAACAACUUCAACCACACACGCUGCUCUCAAGCAAGUUGCAUUCGAAGCUCAAGUUCCUCUUCAAGUUGUCGUCGUUCGCAAUGAUUCUCCUUGUGGAUCGACGGUUGGACCGAUUCUUGCCACAAAACUUGGCUUGCAGACUGUCGAUGUAGGAUGCCCACAGUUGGCUAUGCACUCGAUUCGCGAGUUUGCCGACACUUCGAGCAUCUACCAGGCCACCACUCUCUACUCUACAUUCUACGAACGUCUGUCAACUGUCCUCUCCAACAUGCAAUAGGCAAAUCAAUGUUGAUCCUUCCCAAUCAUAAUUUCUACUAUUUAAUCGCGUCGUGAUAUCCAAUCUUCAGUUUCUCUGUGAAUAUUAAUUUCUAUAAUUUAUUUGGUUUUCAAAUAAAUAAAGCAAUGCAUUUUUUAAAAGCUGAAAUU